AAGCACUGGUAUCAACACAAAGUUUCAUUUUGUAAAAGAAAAUGUAGCCGCCAUUGCUCUUGAAGAGUCACUAUCCAGUGGAUUCCAGCAAAUUAUUUGAAAAAUGAAGUACAUAACUGCGCGUGAGAAUAACGGACGUCGAACGCGCGUUGUUUGUUGACGCUACUGAUCAAAGAAUUUUUUGUUCUUGUAAUUUGAAUGAAGAAAUUUAAAACUUGUAAUCUAUUUAUGAUGGAAAAUUGUGAGUUUGCAAAACCUUGGUAUCGGAGUGAUGUCGUUCUUCGAGUCGAAAAUCAGGAAUUUCAUGUUCACAAGAACACUCUGUGUUUAUGGUCUCCUGUAUUUGACGACUUGAUUAAAUCGCGUAAAAACGUUAACGAUAUCAUUUAUCUCCCGAAGAAAAAACCGAAGGAAAUCUACGAACUUUUGUUGGUGAUCUACAAUCUACACACAAUUAAUUCACAAAAUAUAAUGUUACUGUUGAAAUUAGCUAAAGAGUUUGAGAUCGAAAAAGUUCGCAUUCUUUGUAGUUCAUUUAUACUAGAUAUGGAAAAACCAGGCUUGAAAUGUAUCAACUUUCUACUCCUCGCCGAAAGAUAUUCGUUGGAGGAUGUGAAGCAACAGUGUUAUGAAAUGGCAGCCUCGUUUUCGUUGAAGUAUUUAAAAACGUCCGAAAAAUUUAGAGACCUGAGUAUGGAGAGCAAAUUUCACAUUACGGAUACGAUUUUAAACAAAGUAGAGGCAUUUGUCGAGGAAUUUAAAAAGAAAUCGUGCAAGCUACUUCAAACGGUCUAUUUAACUGGACACGAAAAGUUUGUUGCCGAUAUGCAACCAACAGUGCGUCGGCCUUUCGUCUAUAGCUGUCGUCAAAGGACUUCGCACACAGGACUGAGGGAGAACGGUAAGGUUUUGACUAGACCUUAUGAUUUUCAAUGCUCCUUGUGUCGAUCAACUACAGAAAACUGGGCUAUGAAGAAAGAGAAGCACUUUCCAUUAAAUAAAUUAAUGUACGAUGUCACUCUAAUGAAAGAAAUGGUCUCUUUAUGUAAUCUUGAAAAAGACAAUAUUUCUUCCUAAUGUCUUGUUUUAUAUAAAUAUAUCGAUAAUAAUGGUAUUAUGUAAUAUAAUCUGUGUAGGAAUUAAAUGAAUUUUUUGUCUUCA